AUGUUAAUGCAGGCCGUGCCGCUGUUUGUAACCAGCAUGGCUCUCCCGCUGCUUAUUGUAGUCACGGGCGUGCUUGUAGAUCGCCCAGCUGAUGGCCCACCAAAACGUCUCACACCGCAACAGGCCGCACCAGCUAUCUUCCACGCAAUGUUUUCACAGACUAUCAUGCUUCUCCUUGGUGGAUUUGCCAUUGCGGCUGCAUUAUCCAAGCACGCUAUAGCAAAGCAGGUGGCAGUCGGCAUCCUGUCCCGUGUGGGCCGGAAGCCUCGUUAUGUACUUCUCGCUGCCAUGUUCACGGCAACAUUUGCAUCAAUGUGGAUUUCCAACGUGGCAGCGCCAGUGCUCUGCUUUGGGCUCAUUCAGCCAAUCUUGAGGUAUGUAAGCGGUGCACAAGAGCCCUUAAAUGAUAGUACGACAUGUCUGGCGCGAAAAUGA